AUGUGGUCUGCUUACGCGCACGCUAUCCGGGGUCUACUGGCCUCUACCGGCCUUGUCGCUUUGACUCCAUCCGCGACUAUUCCUGAGGUUGAUGUAACCUACCAAGGUAUUCAUCGCAAUGGGAUAGAAGCGUUCUUGAAUGUACCAUAUGGUAUGUCCACUGGCGGGAUUCAUCGUUUCAAACCGCCUCGACUUCAUGUCCCAGUCCCCGGAAGUACUGUCUAUGCGAACUCGCAUGGGCCAGCCUGUCCCCAGGCCUUGGGAGGCUGGAUAGCUCCCCUGUCUUUGACGAAUGUCACUCAGAUUUCGGAAGACUGCUUAAAUCUUAAUAUCGUGAGACCCAAAGGGACGAAGCCAAAUGACUUGCUCCCUGUCAUGAUAUACAUCCACGGUGGUAGCUUCUGGGCUGGUCAGAACAGCGAGAUUACCACCACUCCUGAUGGUUUAAUUCUUGAAUCUGUCAAGAAUGGGCUCCCAAUCAUACAUGUUGGCAUGAACUAUCGUCUUGGGUUCUUUGGGUUCGCCCAGUCCGAUGCCCUGAAAGCAGAGCGGUCUAAUAAUGCUGGCUUGAGGGAUCAACGACUCGCCAUGGCAUGGGUUCGAGACAACAUCGUGCAUUUUGGCGGCGAUCCCUCGAAAAUAACAAUCUUUGGCCAAUCCUCUGGAGGUCUGGCCGUGGGUAUGCAUAUCCUAUCAUUUGGUGGCAAACAGCCUGUUCCCUUCCACAAUGCAAUCGCCUCGAGCGGUUCAUUGGAGCCUGGCGUUGUUUCAAGUAUAACGGAAGAUGCUAUGAGAGCCGUCGUGGACUAUGUCGGAUGCAACGAGACCGACUUUCAUUCUACCGAAACCCUGCUUUGUCUUCGCAACCAGAGUAUGGACUCUCUGCUCCAAGCCUCUCUGAAGACUUAUCGAACCGAUAUCAAUGUUGGCGAUAUCUGGCUUCCUUCUGUCGACGAUGAUUUCCUCCCGGAGUGUCCCGCCGCUCUUAUUCAACAGGGGAAAUUUGCCAAGAAUCUCAAUGUGAUGUUGGGCUGGGUUGAGGACGAUGUCACGCUCUUUACUGACGAGAGCAUCUCGACUGCCGAUGAUACUCGAAAUUUCAUCACCAAUUAUGUGCCGAAUCUGUCAAGUGGAAAUGUCGAUGAGCUCCUCUCGCUCUACCCCGUGGCUGAAUUCACCGCGAACGGGGAGCUGUCGAGCGAGUUCUAUCGUACUGCUAGGAUAUUUCGAGACAUUUGCAUGAUAUGCCCAGCUAUUUACCUUGGCGAUGGUGUUUCCAAGCAGAACAUGAAUAAAGUUUAUCUAUAUCACUGGAAUCAGACCAUUUUGGACCCCAUUUUGGAACAUCUUGGUCAUCCCGCUGGAAUGGGCCCUAUUCACACCGCCGAAUUCGCAUACGUCUUCGGAAAUCUCUCACACUACAAUACAGACGGCUUUACACUCAACCCUUCGUCUUCUGAUAUUGAGCUCAUGGCGAGGGCUUCAAGAUCCUUUGCGACUUUUACUAGUGUUGGUAAGCCGGGGCUACCAAACCGUGAUACGUUCCAGGGGUUCAAUCCAGCCUUUGAAAGGCCAGGGCAGACCCAAGUCUUUGUUGUUGGGGGGGCCGAUGAAGGUAUUUCUAGUAUUGAGGGGCCACAAGCUAAUCGGGGUUUGGCCUCGCAGCGGAUCAGAGAGCGAUGUGCUUUCCUUAAUUCGGAGGAUGUACUGCAAGAGCUCGGAAUCUAA